AUGGCCGUGGAAGACUUUGAUCACCACUCGCGCGAGGUCAUGCUCGCGUUCUACCGCAGACUCUAUCCCUUCAAGUCAAUAUACAGAUGGCUGAACCACGAACACGCGGCGACGCGUCUCUUCACACAUCGCGAGAUCGCAUAUUCGCUUCCGGGCGACAUCUAUAUCCGAUACAAGUCCUUCAACGGGCCAGAAGACUUCAAGAAAGAGACGCUCAGCUACAACCCCGAACGUUUCGAGAUUGGACCAGUAUAUUCUGUCAAGCCGAAAGAUAGGAAAACCCUGGCCGGUGCGAAACUAGUUCCGGAGAAACGCGAACUUGUAUUCGAUAUCGAUAUGACGGACUACGACGAGAUCCGUACAUGCUGCAAGGACGCGGCGAUCUGCAACCGUUGCUGGGCAUUCAUUACCGCCGCCGUCAAGGUGCUCGACCAUUCAAUACGCGAACAGUUCGGUUGGAAGCAUCUGUUGUGGGUCUACUCGGGACGUCGCGGAAUUCAUUGUUGGGUAUCAGACCCUGAGGCGAUGGCGUUGACUGACGAACAACGACGAGCGCUUGUCGGGUGGAUGACAGUUGUGAAGGGUGGGAAGGAAAUGAGCAAGAAGGUCAAUGUGCGCCCACCUGGAUAUGGUCCUGGUGGCUCCCCAUGGCCAUUACCGCCGGCUGUAAAAGAUUGCCUCCCUAUCCUCAGUGACGUUUUCUCGACCCUCAUUCUCGAAGACCAAAACCUAUUUGAGCGAGAUGAACAUUGGGAAGAGCUUCUAAACCUCAUCCCAGACAAGGAACUCGUCAAGGAACUCCGCAUAAGCUGGAAUGACGAUGAGGGCAAACAUUCCAUUGAUAAGUGGGCCGAAUUACAGGCUGUGAUUUCGAGAACGACAGAGAAGGGUACUGUCGAACGGGCUCAGAUGAAGGCGCUUUUGGAGGAUAUCAUCCUACAGUACACCUACCCUCGCAUCGAUGCGGAGGUGUCAAAGAAGCGCAACCAUUUGCUCAAGGCGCCAUUCGUCGUUCAUCCGAAGACUGGACGAGUCUGCGUACCCGUCGACCCGGCCCAUGUGGAUGAAUUUAACCCAGAAACGGUGCCGACUGUCGCGCAGCUUCUAUCAGAGCUCGAGGCCAAUCACGCUGAAGGAUCCGAGGAGCAAGACGAUUGGGAGAGGACUUCAUUGAAGCCUUACGUGCAGUUUUUAGACGCUCAUGUCAAAGGGAUCAUGGAGGACGUACGCAAGGCCAAGAUGGCUACUUCCUCGAUGGACUGGUGA